AUGCCUGCUGAUUACAAUGGGACGUGGGAAAUGGAAACCAAUGAAAACUUUGAAGGCUACAUGGUUGCUUUAGAUAUUGAUUUUGCAACUCGUAAGAUUGCAAAACACUUGAAACAAACAAAGGAGAUUAUUCAAGAUGGAGAUAAUUUUAAAACAAAAACAACCAGUACUUUCAGAAACUAUGAACUGAAUUACACUGUGGGAGUGGAGUUUGAAGAACAUACCAAAGGACUGGAUAACCGAGUGGUAAAGACACUAGUGACCUGGGAUGGUGACAAACUGGUAUGUGUUCAGAAAGGUGAAAAGAAAAACAGGGGCUGGAAGCACUGGAUUGAAGGAGACCUACUGCAUCUGGAACUGACAUGUGAAGACCAGGUGUGCCAUCAGAUAUUUAAGAAGAAAAACUAA